CUUUUUCCUGCUGCCCACCAGCCCAGGAGGAUGAGAGUGGAUUCACGCUCCCACGCCGUCUACCAAGACCAGACUUUAGGGUUUCCCAAGUCAGGUCUCGGAGAGGCUUUCUUGGCAUCAACACCAUCAUGCCGCCAAGAUGAGGCAUUCACGAAUAUUGAAUCAAAGUCCCUCAUCCUUUGAACACCUUGAUGGACUCCUCACAAUGGCUGGGAACUGCUCACUCAACCGCAACGGCUCGCCAUAGACCAUCUCUGCAUGAGAAUGAUCAGCCUCCUCUCGGAUAUUGCUCGAUAGCCAAGGCUGGGCAGCAGAACUCGGGAUGAGGAUAAAUACGACACGAUGAGGAGGAAGCAGCAGCAGACAGACCCGAUAGUCACUCGUCACUCUCAUUUUUGCAGCCAGCUACUCGUCAAAUCAGCAUCAUGAAGCUGUCCACUGUUGCGCCGUUCCUCUUUUGUUUCGUGCAUACUGCACUGGCCCAGUCCCUCGCUCCCUCGCCCACUGCUUCGGUUGGCUGUGAGCCUCAUGGCGACCACUGGCACUGCGAGGGUCCCAAGGUCACCUCUCUUGCCACGGUCGUGACCGCUGCCAGCGUCUCAUCCGUAGCUGCGACCACCUCCGCAGUCCAUGAUCAUGACGACCAUGACCACGACGAGGAGGAUCACGACCAUGAUGGCGAGUCCGCUUCCUCCGUCUCUUUGAAGCCCAGCCCGACGGAAUCCUACGGUUGCGAGGCCCAUGGCGACCACUGGCACUGCGCUGGCCACGUCUCGGCAACUACCACGACAUCUCCCGGGUCCCAGGAACCGGCUAGCUCAGGCAACGCCACUACUCCCACCACCCCUCCCACUGCUGGUGCCGCUCGCCAGGGCGCGUCGGGCUUGGCCGCCGCGGGAUUGGCCAUCAUGGCCCUCGCUUUUUGAGUUUGAGCUGCAGAGCGUCAGCGAGUUCGGAAGAGCCUGUGUACUUCUUGGAAAGAUCUGCAUAUUUCUUCCCCUCUUCAUGUAAUCGCAGUUUGGUCAAAUGUAUAUCCACCGACCCCUAGACGAGAAUUGACGAUGGCCCUCGUCCUGUUAGGCAAGUUUGAGGUCUGGGUACCUGUUCCUCAAUAUUAACUGAUAUCAUCGUUGAAUGCUGUGAACGGAAUGCCGUUUCA